CCGCUGUAUAAGUUUAGCACGCGGUUGUUUGUGUCAGAGCUGCAGGUGCGCGCGGAAGGACGAAAAGGUCACUCGACAGCUUCCUUGCGUCCGUUAACGAUCAUUCACCGCUGUGUGCCUGCUAUCAGGCCGUCAUGAUGCUCGGUCUCUCUAUCGUUGUUGCUUUUGUGUUUGUCGGCGGGUGUGUGGCGGAUACUCCGGCUAACUGCACCUAUGAAGACCUGCUGGGCACCUGGAUCUUCAGUGUGUCUGAUGUGGGUCAAGAUCGGACCAUCAACUGCAACAACACUGGUAAAGCAGUGCGAACUGUGACCGUGGAUCUGCAAAAGUUGUAUGUAGCUGUGGAUGAUCUCGGUCACACCGGGUUCUUCACGCUCAUCUAUAACCAGGGCUUUGAGGUGGUGAUCAAUGACUACAAAUGGUUCGUGUUUUUCAAGUAUUCUCAGCAGGGUUCAGAGGUGACCAGUUACUGUGAUCAGACACUGCCCGGAUGGGUUCAUGAUGUUUUGGGGAACAACUGGGCCUGUUUCACUGGGAAGAAGGUGCGAGCCAUCCCGCCACGAACCGAUUACAAACCCCUGCUCGGAUACAAGGACCAACUGCUCCUGAAGCUGCCAUACGUUCAUAACAUGGAGUUUGUGGAUCAAGUAAACUCUGUUCAAAAGUCCUGGAGAGCCACAGCGUACGGUCACCACGAGGCCUACACCAUACUGGAGCUACUGAAGAGAUCAGGAGGACGUGCCUCCAGCAUUCCACGGCGGGUCAGGCCCGUGACUGUUGGCGCAGAUGUCGGUAAAAUGGCGGCUGGCCUUCCAGAACGCUGGGACUGGAGAAAUGUGAAUGGAGUCAGUUAUGUCAGCCCUGUCCGCAACCAAGCCUCAUGUGGCAGCUGCUAUUCUUUCGCCACCAUGGGAAUGCUUGAGGCACGAGUCCGAAUCCAGACGAACAACACACAGCAGCCUGUUUUCAGCCCACAGCAAGUCGUGUCCUGCUCUCACUACUCGCAAGGUUGUGAUGGAGGUUUUCCAUACCUGAUUGGUAAAUACAUCCAGGACUUUGGCAUUGUAGAGGAGGACUGCUUCCCGUACACCGGGGCCGAUUCUCCCUGCAAUGUGCCCGACAAGUGUGCAAGGUACUAUGCCUCUGAUUACCACUAUGUGGGUGGAUUUUACGGCGGAUGCAGCGAGACCGCCAUGAUGCUGGAGCUGGUCCGGAAUGGCCCCAUGGGUGUAGCCCUGGAGGUGUACCCAGAUUUCAUGCUCUACAAGGAGGGCAUCUACCAUCACACCGGCCUCCGUGACACUAACAACCCAUUCGAGCUGACCAAUCAUGCAGUGUUGUUGGUGGGGUAUGGGAAAUGCCAUAAGACCGGGGAGAAGUUCUGGAUUGUAAAAAACAGCUGGGGAAAUGGAUGGGGCGAGAAUGGCUACUUCAGAAUCCGUCGUGGAACUGAUGAGUGUGCCAUUGAGAGCAUUGCAGUAGCAACUACACCAAUUGUCAAACUUUAAGAGCAUGUAGAAUCAUUGGUCAGUUGUAUUGAACAUGGCAUCUGUUUUUAUUUCACAAUUUUUAUAAUUCUGCUGCCUGAAAUGGGGGAAAAUGGCACUGUCUUUUUUUUAUUAUUUUAAUUUGUGGCCAAGUUUUAAAUCUUUUUGUUUCCAUUUUCUCAAGGUGAACCUGAUCACCUGACAUGUCUGCCUUGAGGCUAUGUAGUAUGAUCGCUUCUAUUCUUUAAGGAGGGAAAUAAAGGGUGUUUAGAUGGUGGUGCGUUGCCCAACAUGCUCCCCAUGGUGGGCUGAAGCCAUGAGCUUCUUUACAGAGCCCAUUGUAAGAUAACAGAAGGAAGAAUUGCUAGUCCUUUGUUUACAUCGAGUUGCCCAAUGGUGGUCCCUCAUGGGCGUGAAGUAGAAUCUGCCUUAACACAACAUUUAGCAGCCAAAAGCUCAGAGCCAAGUACCAGAUAAGUGUUGAACUCAACUGCUGAAUGACUGCCAAAGGGGACAAAUAUGCAGCAUGUUUAACCAGGGAGGAAGGAAAAUGCUGAUGUACUUGUACUGUAGAUUUGGGGUUUGAUUUACUUGUUAAGUGUUGUGGACCUUCCAGGUAAGAGUCUAUACUGUUGGUGCUGGUGUCCUGCAGUACACCUGGGACUCACCUCUCCAAUGUUGGUCUUUCUCUACCCUUGCAAUUGCCUGUCAGCAAAAUACACUGUCAACAAAUACUCAUUAAAGUAGAUGGAAGACUCCAACUUUAUUUUAGUCCUUGUUAAGGUUGUAAACUAGUUUCCAAGCUCCUCACUUUGGCGGGAAGGUUCUUCUCAUUGGUCCUGGCUUGGUCUAAUUCCAUGCGAGCCAAUGUCCACUAAAUCUCAGAGUUUUGACCUCUUGCUGGCGUCCAGGUAGUGCUCGAGACUUGUUCUCCUUUUGCCUCCACAGACUUCUGCUUUCGAGCGAUGUCAUGCAGUUUUUCCUGACACUUGAGCUGUACCAGGAAUAUUCUGCUGCUCCCAUGUUUGGGGAAACUUUUAAGGGCAAGCAUGGAGCUUUUUUUCCACCAUCUACAAUGCUAACUCCGUUCUAAUCCUUUGUAAUGAAUCACCCUGAGCCUCAACUUAUCUCCUUCCCCAACAGUUGCCGUUUGCUAUUUAUUGGUGGUUCUUGGCCACCCUACAAGGAAAUCGUGUUAGGUUUUUUUUUUUUUAAAUCUGGAGACUAGUUUUGAUUUUGUAAAUUUAUGCAUAUUAACUUUGUAAAUGUUGCAAUGCCAUGUUCAUUUAAACUAAUCAGUUGCCUUGUUACCAGGACAAAUCUUUUGACUCAUGCACGCUUUCUCUUGCCCUAUACACUUGCACUGUGAUUUGUCCCAGCAUUUGAAGUAGUCUUGUCUUCGCCUUUUGCAUUUUUAAGUGUGGAUUUCCUUAAGGUUGCGCACAUUUUCAGUUAACCUUGUUGGAUCUGCAAUAAGUCAUUUCGGGUGCUGUAUUUGUCCAUGUGCUGGAACUACGAUGUCUCAUUUCUUGUGCGUGCAUUUUUAAAGGGAGCAUUUUAGAUUUGUAUUGAUCCAUGUAAGCUCAAUAUCACUGCAGUCUGCACCACUUUUUUUUUUAAAUUACUUUCAGAGUUUUAUCAAUUGCAAUAAAUGUUAUAAAGGGAUGUUUGCAGUCUUGUGAGGCUGUUGGCCGAGAGACUAUUUGAAUAAGUAAUCGCUGCUUUUGCCUUGUAUCUGUGACUUUAU